GAUGCUGAUGUUGAUAGUCUGGAGAAUGUGUCUACCCCGCAGGGGCCGCCCGAAGGGCAUGAGGCUGUAGGCCAGCAGCGCCUGGCAGCCCAACUUGGUGCUCACGAGGAGCCUUCUCACACGCAGUGUGGUGCAACUGGCCAAGCAGAUAUGGCUACUAUGAGGGCACUGCUUCACUCGCAGGGCGAAGCCCUGAGAAGUUGCAUGGCUGAGGUUGCUAAUCUUGGCAGGCGGGUGGAGCAGCUGGCCCUUGGACGAGGGCAGCCUACGCAAGAAGAAGGUGCUGGUGGUAGUGUUGGCAGAAUGACCAAUGCAAGCAGUGGCUUCGGUGCCAGAGUGGCGCCACCUCAAGGACAGCAGUUUUGUGGAGCUUCUGCUCGGGCAAAGCCCGAGAAAGAGGAGCAGGACAUCUUUACGAAGUCUGAAAAGUGGCUUCCUGCACUUCCCAGCCCGCAGUUUGAUGGCUGGAAGAACCGUGAGCAGGAGAUUUUGGGCUUUAACGAGUACCUGACUACCUUGAAGGGUUGGGUUGCUCUUGGUAGUGAUACUUUUCCUAUCGAGAUUGAGCAAGCCAUUAGGUGGCCUCAUGAGAUUUUUCAAGCUACUCUCACCAAGCCGCAAGCUCAGAGGAGCAACAGGCUCCUUGCUAUCUUGCGCCAAGCUUUUGCCAGCCACGCGAGAGCAGACAUGAUUUUGCGUUCCUAUGUAGAGGGGGCUACGUAUGGAGAAAAUCUCCAUCGAAGCUCUGGGGACACAUGUGGUUUUGAAGCCUUACGCCUUUUAGGCCACGAGUUUUCCUUACGCUCUCGGGCUGAAGCCAGCUACUUUCGUGCCGAAUUCAUCAAGCGCAGUUUUCGUGGAGAGUCUGCUGCUACUCAUGUCUCAGACAUAGUACGCAAAGUGGACGUCGAGCUGUCUCGCUACAAAAGACUUGUUGAGACUUUGCCUAGCGCCGUUUCUCGCGAUGGUCUCGAAGUAGGUUCGUCAGAUCUCACCCUUAUGCUUUUGCGGAGUAUUUCAAAAGAUGCCCGCUCUUACUGCCUUCUCCAUGCCACAGGAGAGUCGUACGUGGAGUUGCGAAAGGCAGCUCUGCGUUACGAGUCCCAACAGCGGAUGUUUUCGGAGAUGGGUCUCGGUGACAGGCAGGAGCGUCUUGUGAAUGAGCUAGAUGACCCCACUGGCGAGUGGUGGGAAGAUGACGAAUGGUACGAGGACGAGACUGUUAGUGCUUUGUCUGGCAAAUGCCGGCGUUGUGGCAAAGCAGGCCAUUUUGAGAAAGACUGUAAAACAGAUCUUUCGAAAACUGAGUGUUUCAAGUGUGGUGAAACAGGCCACAUAGGAGCAAGAUGCCCCAAAGCCAAGGCCAAAGCGAGGUCUCACUCUGACACAAGUAGCCAAAGCAGUAAAACUGCAGAGUCUCGAACGACUGGCAAGCCUGUUUCUGCUAAGGGAAAGGGCCGUGGAAAGAGCACUCAGGCCAAAGGCCGUGGUCGCUCAGGCAAAGGCGGCAAGAAAGGCAAGAUGCACGAGCUCACUGAAGAUGCCGAAGGCGAAGAAGCAGCUCAGGAUGAUGGGACCUAUGAGGCUGGUGAGUAUGAAGCCGAAGAAGAAGGUACUGCGAGCAGUUUGCUCAUGAUGCCUCUCCUUCUCAACGACGAUGUUGAAGAGAAGAGUGAGUUUGGUUUGUGUCCUUUGCGUUCUCUUUGUGAUGCGUUGAUGCUGUUUCAAGUGGACACAGAUGACAGUUGGUCAUGGUGGCUGCUGGAUUCAGGCGCCUCUGUGACAGUAAUGGCCACGCAGUUUUUGAGCAAGUACUCUUUCUCCCACCUUACGGAUGCUAGUCCGGGAGGUUUCUCCGCCGCGAACGGUUCUGCUGUACAGAUGUCCAAACGCGGUCGCGCUAGAGUCGCUUUUGAAACCAAGGACUCUGUGAUGCCGUUUGACCUGAAUUGCUAUGUCGGCAAAACGCGGCACAACAUUAUCAGUGUACCUCAGUUGAUGGACAAAGGUUGGGAAAUCCACUUUGUCAGUGAUGGGUGUCACCUGAAGCAUGCGUCAGGCGUGAUUAUCUGUGACAUAACUUGGUACUGUGGGUGUCCAUGGUUGCGGGCAGUUGAGGUUGCCGAAGGCGAUCUUGAUGACACGAAAGUGUGGGAGCAGCUGAACGCACGGUUAGGCGCUUCAAAGAAGGUAAGGAGCAGCCUGCUAAGCAAGCUGAGCCUUCACCUGCUAUUGUUCCUAGUGACAAAGACUUCCCCUGAAGAAGUGCAUGCCAAAGGUCAAAAGAGGCCAGCUCAGGAAGAAUUGAAGGAAGACUUCGACAAUUCCGAUUAUGUGCCCUCGGAUGUAGAGAGUCCAGCGUUGCCGCUUCCUAUCCCAAUACCUGAAGCUGUAGAUAGCUCAGUGUCGGGGCCGGGUACUUCUAAUGAAGAGCCGCAGAGUGUCCCAAUGGAGGUUGACAGUUUAGUCGAUGCCGCAACCAUGAUCAAUGGAUCGUUUGGGUUGACGGGUCCUGAACUUGUUAGCCCUGAUGUGUUUCACCUUUCUGGAGUUGUGUUCGACGACUCUGCCAAAGCCAAGAGUCAAACUGUGGAGUUUUGUGGUUCUAAGCUUAAAGUUUGGCAGCCUUCCUCGGCUGUGUCUGAUGUCAGUAUGGCAGAACUUAAUGGUGAUGCCACUUUUAAAGGAAUGUUGAAAGAGCUUGGUGGACUAAGUUCCUGUAAAGCUGGUAACGUCAUGAACAAAGCGCAGGCCGAAGCUUAUUGCCACAAACAUGGCAUUCAAGUGUUGGCUUCCCGCUGGGUUACUAAUGAGAAGACCGACACGGACGGCGCUGAAAUAGUGCGGUCCCGGUUAGUUGUAAAAGACUUUCGUGGCUCAAAGAGCGCGCGUUCCUUGGAGAUUUCCAGUCCUACUCCUUCGGUAGAAGCUUUAAGGACCGUUCUCGCGUAUGCAGGACGCCAUGAUUGGGAGCUAGCAUCCCUUGAUGUUUCCCAAGCCUUUAUGCACACACCGCUCAAACACCGCAAAGCAUGUAUCAAAAUGCCUUUGUCGGUAAGUUUUCCAAAUGGAGAACCGGUGUACAUGGCUUUAUCCCAAGCCCUAAAUGGGUUGCGUCUUUCCAGUCGCGCGUGGUUGGAGUACAUUACAAGCGACACUCUUGGACCGCUUGGGCUCCAUGCCUGUGAGCGUGAGCCGUGUUUGUUCAGUGGCCUUGUUGAUGGAGUGGAAUGUUUAGUGCUCCUGUACGUUGACGAUGUGCUGAUAGCAUGUCCUAGCCAAAAGGUCAUUAACAAGAUCUUUGCUGCUCUGCAGAGUAGAGUACCGACGAAGCUGACUGGUAGGAUUCUCUCCUCCAAAGGGGGUGGUGGACACCUGCGUUUCCUGGGACGAAACAUUGAGAGGAGGCCGGGCGAAGCUGCGCUUACUCUCUUUGUCGAUGCCAACUACCUAGACUCCUGCUACGACGACUAUAAGUUGUCUGGUCGCGGAGGUGGUUCAUCUGCUUUUCCUGACAUCAGAGCAGUGUUGGAGAAAUCCAGCAAUAGCCAUGUGUUGUCGGCAGAAGCGCAUGCUAAGUUUAGGCGUGUUCUGGGAAAACUUGCGUGGUUCGCGCAAACGCGUGAAGACUUGCAUAUCGCGAUUUCCCUUGUUUCUGUGGGCCAAAGUGCUCCUACGGCUGCGCACGAGGAAGCCCUACGUGCUCUCCUCAGGUUUUUACGCAAAGAUGGUGAUGUGCGAGUGCACUUUCCUUCUCCUGAGACGAUGAGCAAUGACUCAUACCAGGAAGUUUCUGUGUUUUCCGAUGCUUCUUAUGCGCCUAUGCGUUCGCUGGGACGCAAGAGCAUCACCGGAGGAGUUAUCAUCCUCCAGGGGUCUCUGAUCAAGGCGUUGGCUCGACAGCAAGCUUCUGUCACGCUGAGUUCCUGCGAAGCAGAACUACACGCGAUCCAAACGAUGACUUAA